AAGUUCAAGAGCACCUGGCGCUCGCUCGGCUCCUUCGCGCGCUCCGGACAUUUUCAAACAGACUCCAGCAGCAUUCCACUGCCAACCGUCAGCGGGCCGGGGCUUCGAGGGAGGGACUGCCUAGCUUCCCCUUUCCUACCCCGGCUCUUCCCGCCCUCUCCCUUCCACUCCGUGUUUCUCACUUGGUCAAAGAGCAGAAACUCGCGGUUCGCCCGCACUUUCGGUUCGGAUGUUUUAAAGGAGCUGCUCUUAGCUUCACUGUCCGGGCUGAAGGAUGCACCGUUCAAAGAAGCUGAUAAACUCUGUGGACAAUUGUGUGGAUGAUGCAUUAGAUGGGCUUGUGGCUUGCAAUGUAGGAAUGCAGCUGCUGCAGGGACAUCGCACAGUAAUCAGGUCUGACCUGAAGAACAUCAAAGGCAAAGUGGCUUUGCUGUCUGGUGGUGGAUCGGGACAUGAGCCUGCUCAUGCAGGAUAUGUUGGAGUAGGAAUGUUGUCCGGUGCCAUUGCAGGAGACGUCUUCACUUCUCCACCAACUGGAAGUAUUUCAGCUGCAAUCCGAACAAUGGACAGAGCAGGAGCAGCUGGUGUACUACUGAUUGUGAAGAACUACACAGGUGAUCGGCUAAACUUCGGCUUAGCUCUGGAGGAGGCAAAAGCAGAGGGAAUUGCGGUGGAGAUGGUUAUUGUAGCUGAUGACUGUGCCUUCACCACACAUAAAAAAGCUGGGAGGAGGGGUCUGUGUGGUACAGUACUCAUACACAAAAUGGCUGGGGCCAUGUCUGAAAUGGGGAAACCACUUGAUGAAAUUGUAGAGAGACUGAACAUCGCUUUACGUAAAUUAGGUACAAUGGGAAUCUGUCUGUCACCCUGCAGUGUCCCUGGAUCGGAGCCAACCUUUGCUCUGGAAGCAGACGAAUUGGAACUUGGACUGGGUAUCCAUGGAGAAGCUGGUAUCGAGCGGAUAAAGAUGAUUUCAGCUGAUGAAGUGAUACAAAGAAUAAUCGAUCACAUGACAAAUCCCUCUAAUGAGUCUCAUGUGAGCGUGCAAGCUGGGGAUCAUAUUGUGUUGAUUGUGAACAACCUUGGAGGGUUGUCCUGCCUGGAACUGAGUAUCGUGGCCAAAUCUGCAGUUAAAUAUCUGGAGAGUAAGGAGAUCGUUAUUGAAAGGGCUUACAUCGGUUCCUUAAUGACGUCCUUGGAAAUGGGAGGAACUUCUUUGACUCUGAUGCAUGUGGAUAGUGAACAACUGAAACUCCUGGACUCACACAGUUCAGCCCCUGGCUGGCCCAAUGCAGGAAAACAUCGCCUGGCACGGAAAUGCAAAACUCUGAAUGUCCCUUCCUUGGAACCUGAGAACACAGAUACACCUCCUGAGUCCGGUCCUUUCGUGGAUAAGGCGCAUUCAGUCUUAGACAUGAUCUCCACCACUCUGCUUCAGAUGGAGGAAGAACUGAAUGAACUGGAUAGGGAAGCAGGAGAUGGUGACUGUGGUGUUACACAUGCAAGGGCAGCACAGGCCAUUAAGAACUUGUUGACAUCUGAUGCAGUUCCUGGCAACGGUCACCAGCUCCUUUUGUGUCUAGGCAGGUUGACACGAGACCAUAUGGGUGGGGCAUCAGGAGCACUGUACAGUAUUUCCUUGAUGGCAGCAGCACAAAGUCUGAAAGAUAACAACAAUCCCUCUUCCUGGGCAGCGGCUUUGAAUUCUGGAAUUGAAGCAUUGAAGAGAUAUGGAGGUGCGGAGCUAGGAGAUAGAACCAUGCUUGAUUCACUGUGUCCUGCUGAGGAGGAGUUAAUUAAAUUGACAGAUGAAGAUAGCAAUGAACUGCAAGUGCUGGCUGAGGCUGUACAGAAAGCUGAAGCAGGUGCAGAUGCCACCAAGGAUAUGAUAGCAAAGGCAGGACGGGCAAGUUACAUCUCUUCCGCUCAGCUCACCCGACCCGACCCAGGUGCCGUGGCCUGUGCUGCCAUUUUGAAGGCCAUCUUGACAGCUCUUGAACAGCCUACUCCAGAAGGGCAGGAAUAAAGAGCUGCUUGAGAUAUCACCCAAAAAGACUGACACCAAGUGGUGAUUAUAUGAAAGCUGAUGCAGAAGGGUGAGAGGCCAAGAUGAAGGGGAGAUGAGGAGGUGGAUGUCCAAGCAAAUAUUAAUACACAUAUCAGAACAAAGGACUGCAGAACUUUUGUAAUCAUUGAUCGACUGUGAGUUCCUUAUCAGCAAUGUAAAGAUCAUACUCAAUAAAGGUCCAAAUGGU